AUUUGAUCUCAUCUGGUAUAAGAUCUUGAUACCUACAUUUACAUUUACACUUGAUACUACAACUUUCCUAGUUACCCACUUACCUACUUACUACCUACAGACCUAACCUCAAGAAGAAACAAGAAACAUGCACCUCCCAACCCUCGGGCUCUUCGCCCUCCUCCUCCCCUAUGCCACCGCCCUCCGCUUCGCAAUGUACAUCGACCAAUGGCACACCACCGACCUCCCGGGCAAAGAACACACAGCCGGCAUAACGCACGCCAUCAUGGCCUUCGCCAAAUCAACCCUCUUCAACUCCGACUCCCCCGCCAAAUACGAGCCCUUCGAGCCCGUCGACAGGAUGCGCGCGCGCUUCGAGCCGGACACCAAGCUGCUCGUCGCCAUCGGGGGGUGGGGCGACACGGAGGGAUUCACUGCGGGGGCCAAGGACGAGGCGUCUAGGACGCGGUACGCGAAGAAUGUAGCCAAGAUGGUGCAGGAGGGGGGGUUUGAUGGUGUUGAUAUCGACUGGGAAUACCCCGGCGGCAACGGCGACGACUACAAGAAACAUCCCAACAGCGAAAAGGUGUCCGAGAUAGAGACCUUCCCGCUCUUCAUGCAAGAGCUGCGCAAAGCCCUCCCCAAAGACAAGCUCAUCUCCAUCGCUGUCCCCGGUAAACGCGGCGACAUGAUCGCCUUUACUAAAGAAAACGGGCCCAAGGUCUGGCCGACGGUCGACAUGGUCAACGUCAUGAGCUACGAUAUGAUGAACCGCCGCGAUAACGUCACCACGCACCAUUCGAGCGUGGCCGGCUCGCUGGAUACUGUCCAUGCGUAUGCGGAGACGGGGCUGGAGCCGGAGAAGAUGAACCUGGGUGUGGCGUACUAUGCGAAGUGGUUUACGACUGCUAAGGGGGCCGGGUGUGAGGAGAAGCCGCUGGGAUGUGAGGUUGUGGCGCUGGAGAAGGAGGAUGGGUCGGAUGCGGGGACGUCGGGGGUGUUGACGUUUGAGAAGGGCGUUGUGGGGAAGGCGCCUGGGGAAUUGAAGGAGACGACGGAUGGGACAUGUGGGUUUGCGAAGGGGACGAAGUGUCCGAAGGGGCAGUGCUGUUCGCAGUAUGGGAGUUGCGGCACGACCGACGAAUUCUGCCAAGGAGGCUGUCUCUCCGACUACGGCGAAUGCAAAGGCGUCUCGGUGAUCGACUCGUGGCGCCGCGCAGAGAAAAACGGCAAGGUGGAUGAGAAAGCCGGCGGACAGUACUUCUUCGACAAGGACGUCGAUCUGUUCUGGACGUGGGAGACGGUGCCGCUGGUGGAGCGCAAGUUCAAGGAGAUUAUCGACGCGGAGAAGGUCGGGGGCGUGAUGGCCUGGAGUCUGGGGGAGGAUACGCUGGACUUUGCGCUGGUGGAGGCUAUGGCUAAGGGGGCCAAGGCGAGAGCUACGGAGAAGAGAGUGGGUGGGGAGAAGGAGGGAGAGCGUUAGUGCUUCUAUUAGAUUGGGGAUUGUCUGAUGGAG